CAGUGCAGGCAGGUGGGCGCAGCUCCAGGGGUCAGGGUGAAAGAUGUGAUGUCCCUAACAUCCUGGGACUCCCCGUGCUUAGCGGGUGCAGGUCAGCGUGAGGAAUUUAGGGGUGUGCGGUAGGGAGGUGGCUGCACAGGGUCGGGGGAGUGGCCAGCAGCCCUGCCCAGAUUAAGCGGGAGGCGCGCGGGAGUCUGCGACUCGGGAGGCCAAGUUUGCUGGCAGCUCUAGGGGUUGCCCUUCGACUGCCGGCCUUUAACUCGCAGCCAGCAUACAGACCUGCGGCUGGACAGGCUGGGAAGAGGAACACGGUCACGGGUGGAUUCCCUCCAGCCAUAAUCUGGAAGCGCCUGUCAGGUCUGCCUGCUACCCUGCUGUUUCUUCUCUGCUGGGUUGCUCCCCAGAUUCUAACACAGGACACUGACUCCCAGCUGUCCAUGAGAGUCUUCUGGAAGAGAGGAGAAGGGUGGAGGAGUGUUUGGGGCACAGAGGUCACCCCUCGAGGGCACCAGCGCUCAAGCUCUUCAUGGGGUGCUUUUUCAGGUGGAUCGAGUCCUUCAUCACAGCCCCCUGGUCACUAGUAUUUAUCCUCUUUACUAUACAAUAUGAAUAUGGGAGCGGCAAGAAGUACGGCGGCCCCUGUGGGGGAAGAAACUGCUCUGUCUGCCAGUGUUUUCCUGAGAAGGGAUCUCGGGGUCACCCAGGACCACUGGGACCACAGGGACCAAUAGGUCCCUUGGGACCCCCAGGACCUAUUGGGAUUCCAGGAGAAAAAGGAGAGAGAGGGGAUGGUGGCUCACCUGGACCACCAGGAGAGAAAGGAGACAAGGGUCCAACUGGUGUCCCUGGAUUUCCAGGUGUGGAUGGUGUGCCUGGUCACCCAGGGCCUCCUGGACCCAGAGGCAAACCUGGCGUGGACGGUUACAAUGGCUCACGCGGUGAUCCGGGCUAUCCAGGAGAAAGAGGAGCUCCAGGCCCAGGCGGUCCCCCUGGUCAGCCUGGGGAAAAUGGAGAAAAAGGAAGAUCUGUGUACAUUUCUGGUGGCUUUAAAGGUGUUCAGGGAGACCGUGGGGACCCAGGACCACCUGGCUUACCAGGAUCUAGGGGUGCACAAGGAUCACCAGGGCCCAUGGGGCAUGCAGGCGCACCAGGGCUAGCAGGCCCUAUAGGUCAUCCUGGGAGCCCUGGGUUGAAGGGAAAUCCUGCCACUGGACUGAAAGGGCAAAGGGGAGAGCCGGGUGAAGUUGGCCAGAGUGGUCCUCCUGGGACCAUCCUGUUGGUACAGCCACCUGAUCUGAAUAUCUAUAGAGGAGAAAAGGGUGUAAAAGGAAUGCCUGGAAUGAUUGGCCCCCCAGGACAUCCAGGACGCAAGGGAGAGCCUGGUGUCGGGAUCAAAGGAGAGAAAGGUAUCCCUGGGUUCCCAGGACCCCGGGGUGAGCCUGGUUCGCAUGGAUCUCCAGGUUUUCCAGGAUUCAAGGGGAUACAAGGAGCAGCUGGAGAGCCUGGACUGUUUGGAUUUCUUGGUCCAAAGGGGGAUCCUGGAGAUCGCGGGUACCCGGGACCACCAGGCAUUUUGGUGACUCCAGCUCCACCACUCAAAGGUGUUCCAGGGGACCCAGGACCCCCUGGCCGCUAUGGAGAGAUUGGAGAUGUUGGAUUACCAGGUCCUCCAGGGCCCCCAGGUAGACCAGGGGAAACUUGUCCAGGCAUGAUGGGACCUCCUGGACCACCAGGGGCUCCUGGUCCUCCAGGAUUUCCAGGAGAAGCUGGUGUUCCUGGAAGAUUUGACUGUGCCCCAGGAAAACCUGGCAAGCCAGGGCUACCCGGCCUGCCUGGCGCACCAGGACCAGAGGGGCCCCCUGGAUCAGACGGGUUGAUGCUACCCGUUUAUAAAAGCGGGGUUUUAGAGUAUAAAGGCCACACAGUCAUCUCUGGUCACACUAUUUUUUGUAGUCAAGAGCUUACCAGGGUUUUUAUCAGGAACUAUGUAAAGCUGACUUUCUACCUCUGUCUAGGAAAUGAAGGACUCUGUACCUGUCCACCUGGUCCCAUGGGACCCCCUGGUCCCCCAGGACCUCCUGGAAGACAAGGAAGUAAAGGAGACUUAGGGCUCCCUGGUUGGCAUGGAGAAAAGGGUGAUCCAGGCCAGCCUGGUGCUGAAGGACCUCCAGGGCCACCAGGAAGACCUGGUGCCAUGGGGCUCCCUGGCCACAAAGGAGAAAAGGGUGACAUGGUCAUAUCAAGAGUGAAAGGGCAAAAAGGAGAAAGAGGACUGGAUGGGCCACCAGGAUUUCUGGGGCCACAUGGACAAGAUGGUGGGGAUGGACGUCCUGGAGAAAGAGGGGAUCCUGGGCCACGAGGGGACCAUAAGGAUGCAACCCCAGGUGAGAGAGGGCUUCCCGGACUGCCAGGCCCUCCAGGAAGAACAGGACCUGUGGGGUCUCCAGGCCUGGGAUAUCCCGGCCCACCAGGACAGAGAGGCCUACCAGGAGAGCCCGGGCACCCAGGCAUGAGAGGCUUUGAUGGCAUGAAGGGGCAAAAAGGUGACUCCAUUCUGUGUAAUGUAAGCUACCCUGGAAAACCAGGUCUGCCAGGUUUUGAUGGACCUCCAGGUCUGAAGGGGUUUCCAGGCCCCCCAGGGGCUCCUGGUAUGAGAUGUCCAGAUGGGCAGAAAGGCCAGCGGGGCAAACCAGGAAUGUCUGGAAUUCCAGGUCCACCUGGUUUCCGUGGUGACAUGGGCGAUCCAGGCAUCAAAGGUGAAAAGGGGACCUCCCCUAUUGGACCCCCAGGCCCACCUGGGUCUCCUGGAAUGGAUGGCCAGAAAGGAAUCCCUGGAGACCCUGCAUUUGGUGACCCAGGACCUCCUGGAGAGAGGGGUCUUCCAGGAGCACCGGGCAUGAAAGGACAGAAAGGUCACCCGGGGUGCCCAGGGGCUGGAGGCCCCCCUGGCAUCCCUGGAUCUCCAGGUCUCAAAGGUCCCAAAGGCAGAGAGGGAAGUCGUGGCUUUCCAGGGAUCCCAGGCUCCCCUGGCCAUUCCUGUGAAAGAGGUGCUCCGGGGAUCCCAGGACAACCAGGACUUCCAGGAACUCCGGGUGAUCCAGGGGCCCCAGGUUGGAAAGGCCAGCCAGGAGACAUGGGUCCCUCUGGACCAGCUGGGAUGAAAGGACUCCCUGGUCUCCCAGGCCUACCAGGAGCUGAUGGUCUCCGAGGGCCUCCUGGGAUUCCAGGCCCCGCUGGGGAAGAUGGCCUACCGGGUCUUCCAGGCCUAAAGGGACUUCCAGGGCUGCCUGGCUUCCCUGGUUUUCCAGGAGAGAGAGGAAAGUCAGGCCCAGAUGGAGAACCUGGAAGAAAGGGAGAGGUUGGAGAGAAAGGCUGGCCUGGCUUGCAGGGAGACCUGGGAGAGCGAGGCGCCAAAGGAGACAGAGGACUUCCUGGUGAUGCAGGAGAAGCAGUUGUUUCCAGAAAGGGUGAAGCUGGGGAUGCUGGGCCUCCAGGAGAUGGUGGGUUCUCAGGAGAAAGAGGUGAUAAAGGAAGCCCAGGGAUGCGAGGGGAAAGAGGAGAUCCUGGAAGAGAAGGACCACCGGGACUCCACAGAGGGCAGCCUGGGAUAAAUGGGCCUUCUGGGCCUCCUGGACCCCCUGGCCCUCCAGGAUCACCUGGUCUGAGAGGAGUCAUUGGUUUUCCAGGAUUUCCAGGUGACCAGGGUGAUCCAGGCUCUCCAGGACCCCCUGGAUUCUCAGGAGAUGAUGGAGCUAGAGGACCUAAAGGAUACAAAGGCGACCCUGCCAGUCAGUGUGGUCCACCUGGUCCAAAGGGUGAGCCAGGUAGCCCUGGAUACCAAGGUCAUAUUGGAGCCACUGGAGAGAAAGGCUUUCCUGGAGAUGAAGGGCCCCGAGGACCACCAGGCAGACCUGGACAGCCAGGCUCUUUUGGACCACCAGGGUGUCCAGGUGACCCAGGAAUGCCUGGACUCAAGGGCCAUCCAGGAGAAAUGGGAGACCCUGGGCCAAGAGGUGCUGCAGGAGAUUUAGGAAGGCCAGGUCCUGCGGGAGUGAAAGGGCCUCCUGGGUCUCCUGGUCUGAAUGGCUUGCACGGUCUGAAGGGUGAGAAGGGAGCACAGGGUACCUCAGGUUUGCUCGAAAUGGGUCCACCUGGGCCAAUGGGCAUGCCUGGGCAAAAAGGAGAGAAAGGUGACCCUGGGAGUCCAGGGAUUUCUCCCCCAGGUCUUCCUGGAGAAAAGGGCUUCCCAGGACCCCCAGGGAGACCAGGACCACCUGGUCCCGCAGGUGCCCCAGGAAGAGCUGCUAAAGGUGACAUUCCUGAUCCAGGUCCACCUGGAGACUGGGGACCUCCUGGCCCCGAUGGCCCAAGAGGAGUACCUGGGCCUCCAGGGUCCCCUGGGAAUGUUGAUCUUCUGAAAGGGGAUCCAGGUGACUGUGGUUUGCCAGGACCACCUGGCUCCCGAGGCUCACCAGGCCCUCCAGGGUGUCAGGGUCCUCCAGGAUGUGAUGGCAAAGAUGGCCAGAAAGGACCAAUGGGACUUCCAGGGUUGCCAGGGCCCCCUGGUCUUCCUGGCGCACCUGGAGAGAAGGGAUUACCCGGCCCUCCAGGCAGAAAAGGGCCAGUAGGUCCUCCAGGCUGCAGAGGUGAACCUGGGCCUCCUGCAGACUUGGAUUCCUGUCCUCGAAUCCCAGGACUUCCUGGAGUACCAGGUCCCAGAGGACCAGAAGGAGCUAUGGGGGACCCUGGACAGAGAGGCCUGCCUGGACCAGGGUGCAAAGGAGAGCCUGGCCCAGAUGGCAGAAGGGGCCAGGAUGGCAUCCCUGGUUCUCCCGGGCCUCCUGGACGCAAAGGUGACACUGGAGAGGCUGGCUGUCCUGGAGCACCAGGCCCUCCCGGUCCAACUGGUGAUCCUGGGCCCAAGGGGUUUGGCCCCGGAUCCCUCAGUGGCUUCCUCCUGGUCCUCCACAGUCAGACAGACCAAGAGCCGGCCUGCCCUGUGGGCAUGCCUCGGCUUUGGACAGGGUACAGCUUAUUAUACAUGGAAGGACAGGAGAAGGCGCACAAUCAAGAUCUUGGUUUGGCAGGCUCUUGUCUUCCUGUGUUUAGCACUCUACCCUUUGCCUACUGCAACAUCCACCAAGUGUGCCACUAUGCCCAGAGAAAUGACAGGUCCUACUGGCUGUCCAGUGCAGCUCCUCUUCCUAUGAUGCCACUCUCAGAAGAAGAGAUCCGCCCUUACAUCAGCCGCUGUGCAGUGUGUGAGGCCCCAGCACAGGCGGUGGCGGUCCACAGUCAGGACCAAUCCAUCCCACCGUGUCCACGGACAUGGAAGAGCCUCUGGAUCGGGUACUCAUUUCUGAUGCACACUGGAGCUGGGGACCAAGGAGGUGGGCAGGCGCUGAUGUCACCUGGCAGCUGCCUAGAAGACUUCAGAGCCACACCGUUCCUUGAAUGCCAGGGCCGGCAGGGAACCUGUCACUUUUUUGCAAAUGAGUACAGCUUCUGGCUGACUACCGUGAACCCAGACCUGCAGUUUGCCUCUGGCCCAUCACCAGACACCUUGAAAGAAGUUCAGGCCCAGCGCCAGAAAAUCAGCAGGUGCCAGGUUUGCAUGAAGAACAGCUAAAGAAUUCAAAACAUGCCAACAGGCAUCAAGACAGACAUCCCAUGGAGGACAAACUUCCCCAACUAUUCCAGCAAAUUCAGUGGUGCUCUAUCCAGACUCCUUCUGCCAUGCCUUGUCUCAGAGUGGUUAUUCCCGGCCUCCUCCUCCUCCUCCUCCCCUCUACGGAUCAAGCAAACAUUGUACAUGUGGAGUUGUUAGACCCCCCAACACACACACACACACACACACACAC